AUGCCCCCAUACGAGAGUGCCGGCCCGUUACUUGGCGACGGCCAUGGCCACUACAAAAUUGCUAUUGUAGGAAACAGUGGGACAGGCAAGAGUACCUUGUGCAGGGAUCUCACAGAGGCUCUCAAAAUCCCAGCCCUUUCGCUCGAUCAUGUUCACUGGAACCCAGGGUGGGUUGAAACGCCCAAACCCGAGUUCCGAGAUCAAGUCCAGCAGUUCAUGGACUCCCCCCAGAGGGAUGGAUAA